CUAGCCACGUGGGCACAGCCAGCAGCAACCAAUCCUUCCUGCUUACAGAAGACUGCUUCUCACCUGAGCUGCUUAGAGAAAAACCAUGAGCUCUGAAAACCACCAUAUUGUUCUGUGAUGUCACCUCUGGAAUGUUCUGAGUGUUUUGGUGACCAGCUUUUGCAUAAGACCUAUACCUGGCAUCUCACAUUGCACUCGAGGCCAAAUUUUACAAGAAAGAGAGAUACCAGAUCUGAGAGCCUAGAAAUUCCAGUCAAUGUGAUUCUACCUCAGGUAGGGACAGUCACAGAAGGAUGUAACUUACCAGUUCUAGCUACAAUAACCCUGUUUCCAGACCUUAUAGAGUGAACAAGGAAGUCAGCUGAUCCAGUUCUUGUCACGUUGGGUUUUCCCUGGUUGUGUGGAGGAAGGAUACAUGGUCUCUCUGGACCUUAGGAGCCUCUGGCUUUCAAUGAGGGUGGAAAGAUUAGAAAGCUCCAUCCAUCUACCCUUGGCACAGAUUUCCAUCCCCAGCUCUCAGAAUCAGCUUAGCAGUGGAGGAGAAAGAUGUGGCCUUGAGGAUGCCAGCCAGGUGUAGUCAACAGUCUUCAAUAGGUCCAACUAAGCAGUCGACUGAUGUUGAAAAGCAGGAAGAGAUUUACUCAGUGCUGCAACACUUGAAGGAGGAACAAAGAGGUCUAAUGAUUCGUUCCCCAGAGGGGCACCGAGCCCUUCCUGAGGCUCCACAACCUGUACAGUACUCCUCGCUGCUCCAGGCAGGCUGCCUUACCUCGGAUGAGCCGCAGGGUAGCCAGCCAGCACUCCUACCCACUCAACCGCUUCUCUUCUAUGCCUUUUGACCCCAUGGAGCGCCCCACCUCCCAGGCCGACCUGGAACUAGACUACAACCCUCCCCGGGUGCAGCUCAGCGAUGAGAUGUUUGUCUUCCAGGAUGGGCGCUGGGUGAAUGAGAGCUGCCGCCUACAACCACCUUACUUCUCUCCCCCCUCCUCCUUCCACCAUAAGCUGCACCACAGGAGGCUGGCCAAGGAGUACCAGCUGCAGGAAGAGAACAAGUCUCUUCGGGAUGAGAACCGGGCCCUACGGGAUGAGAACAAGGCCCUCCGCAAGGAGAACAAGAUCUUACAGGUCUUUUGGGAAGAGCACAAGGUCACUUUAGGCCACGAGGAGAGUCAGACCUCCUCAUUGUUGCACAAGGACACAACCUCCCAGGAAGUGGUGAAGAGAGACAACACCACUUUGCCUGCCCAGCGUAGCAAAGAGAGCACCCUACAGCUCAUUCGAGAGGAGAACCGGGCCCUGCAGCAGUUGCUGGAGCAGAGGCAGGCCUACUGGGCCCAGGCAGAAGAGAAUGCAGCUUCCACUGAGGAAGGCAAGUCCACCUCCUCACCCAAGGAGGAGUCCCAUAACUCAGGGCUUCUGCCAGAUCAGAGCACAAACCACUCCUCCCCCUUUGAGGACCCCAAAGUGCCCCCCACAACACAGGAGGACUCGAAGACACUGCGUGCCCUGAGGGAGAUGGUUAACAACUUGUCUGGGGCAUCUGGGGAAGAGGAUGGCAAAGUAGGCCCUAACCUACCUGACAGCGCUCAACCCCUGCAGCUGCUGAGAGAGAUGAACCAGGCGCUGCAGGCCCUGCAGGAGGAGAACCGGCUGCUGCAGGAGGAGAACAGGGCUCUGCACAUCUUGCGAGAGGAGCACCGCGUCUUCCAGGAGGAGAACAAGGCCCUGUGGGAGAACAAUAAGUUGAAGCUGCAGCAGCGGCUGGUCAUCGACACGGUGACUGAGGUCACAGCCCGGAUGGAGAUGCUUAUCGAAGAGCUGUAUGCCUUCAUGCCAGCCAAGAACAACAAAGAUCCCAAAAAGCCCAGCAGGGUCUGAGGCCUUGGCAGCAGACAUAGACACCAAGACCAGACCAGAGAGAACCCUCAACCUUCCUUUGUCUUCCUUACUCUGCCCAGAAGCACGUGCCCGUGGGACAACGGAGAAAGGGCCAUCCUACACCUGACACACAAUAAAGACAGAGGAGGCUGGGGCCAGCCAACACCAG